CCAUCCCCAAAUCCCAGCAGAAGCAGCUCAAUCGACCGACUCCUCCUCCUCCUCCUCCUCCUCCUCUUGUUCUUCUCAUUCUAAUAUAAUUAUCGCUUUUGGUGUGUACAUCUUCUAUAAUUUGAGAGGAUGGAGGCAGGAUUGAUGGCGAAACAAGCAGCAGCGGUUGCGAAGCCGAACGCGUUCCCCGCCCGGAGCCUAGGGUUCGGGAACUCGGUCAGGGGCGGAUCCGGAACCAGCAGGAUCGGGUUCGAGGCGCCGUCGAGCGUGGCAUGGAGGAAGCGGUCGAUUCAGGUGGCCCGCGAAGGAGCCAUUCGGUCCGAGGUGGUCGUGGAAGAGAAAGCAUCGCCGCCCAGAAAGGAUAAGGCCGGUCCGGGUCGGCUCUACGUGGGUCUGCCCUUGGACGUGGUCUCCGACGGCAACGUCGUCAACCACGGCAAGGCCAUCGCCGCCGGUCUCCGCGCCCUCGCCCUCCUCGGCGUUGAUGGAGUCGAACUCCCCAUCUCCUGGGGCGUGGCGAUGGACUCCGGCGACUGGUCCUCCUACCUCGCCGUCGCCGCCAUGGCGCGCGACGCCGGCCUUCGCCUCCGCGUCUCCCUCCACCUCCACUGCCACCGCCGCCCUCGCCUCCCCCUCCCCAAAUCGGUCGACUCCGCCGCCGCUACAGACCCCGACAUCCUAUUCACUGACCGCGCCGGCCGCCGCCGUGCCGACUGCCUCUCCUUCGCUGUCGACGACCUCCCCGUCCUCGACGGCAGGACCCCGAUGGAAGCCUACGAGGAGUUCUUCCGGAGCUUCCGCCUCGCCUUCGCUGACUUCUUUGGUUCCGUCAUUACGGAUAUCACGAUCGGUCUCGGGCCAAAUGGCGAGCUCCGUUACCCUUCGUUUCCUCCUACUGGAAGCAAUCGUUUCACCGGUGUAGGAGAAUUCCAGUGUUAUGACAAAUACAUGCUUGCCGAUCUCAAACGACACGCGGAGGAAGCCGGCAGCCCAUUAUGGGGCCUCUCUGGUCCUCACGAUGCCCCUGGGUACAACCAGUCUCCGGACUUCGGCAACUUUUUCAAGGACCAUGGCGGCUCCUGGGAGACACCCUACGGGCAAUUCUUCCUCUCCUGGUACACCGGCAAGCUCCUGUCUCACGGUGACGGCCUGCUCUCGGUCGCGUCAGAAGUAUUUGGUGAUUUGCCUGUCGCGCUCUCGGCCAAGGUUCCACUUCUGCAUUGUUGGCACGACACCCGGUCGCGCCCGUCUCAGCUGACGGCCGGGUUCUAUAACACUGACGGCAGAGACGGGUACGAUGAUGUGGCUAAGAUCUUCGCGAAGCAUUCCUGCACCAUGAUCAUCCCGGGCAUGGACCUCACGGACGGGGAGCAGCCUCAGGGUGUCCGGUCCUGCCCGCAGUCACUACUAUCUCAGGUAAUGGGGACGUGCAAGAGGCAUGGGGUGAAGGUCGCCGGCGAGAACUCUUCCCUCGUCCGGGUCGGCACCGCUGGCUUUACUAAGAUCAAGGAGAAUGUUUUAGCUGAGAAAUCGACGUUGGAUUCGUUCACUUAUCAUAGGAUGGGUGCUGAGUUCUUCUCUCCGGAUCACUGGCCGCUGUUUACCGAGUUCAUCAGGAGCAUGGCGCAGCCGGAGAUGGAGAAAGAUGAUAUCCCCAGCAACUUGGAAAGGUUGUCACUCUCUAUCAAUUCAGUUCCUGGGAAUGACCGAGAGCUGCAGUCAGCAUAAGAAUCCCACCUUAUGGAAGCGAGCAGUGCAAGAAUCCUAUCGUAUUAAUGUGUCUAUUGGCUGUCAAAAGUGACUAAUGGCAGCAGAAGAGAUAUCCAGGUCUUUUGAGCUGUAGAAUGAAUCUUCACUUCUGUUAGAGGGAAGAAGCAUUCCUCAUAAGGAUUUGCCGAACGUAUGAAUUGAAAUAUUCUUGAAUUAAAUUCAUAUUAAUAUUCUCGUUCA